GUCGCAUUUGGUGUGUAUAUGUCUGACUCAUCGCGCGCGUAUCGAUGAUACAUGAGGCAAGAAUUGUAUUUUAUUGCUCCAUUUGAUGAUUUUGUUUUUCUUUUAUUUCUUGAUAAACGAAGGAUGGGUUGCGUCAAUAGUAGGACGAACGUUUUUCAAGUGACGAACGUUAACGACCAGGGUAAACCCAUUGCUCGUGGACGUUUAGAGAUUACUGAGAUAGAUAUAAUAUUUCACCAGAAUAGUAAACAACCAACUAUAUGGCCACUGCGCUGUUUACGGCGCUAUGGGUAUGACUCCGAACUCUUUAGUUUUGAAUCUGGUAGACGUUGUCCUACAGGCGAAGGCAUAUAUGCAUUCAAGUGUAAGAAGGCAAGAGAUUUGUUUAAUCUUGUACAAAUGAAAAUUCAGGUAUCCAAAAAUGGAGAUGACGCACUGUCGAGAGAUCUUUCAAUUGCAUCGCAUCCUACCCCAGCAGUGCCAAGAGUGGCAGUAGCAGUAGAGCCUAAUUACUUAGAUCCAAUAUCUAAUAGAAGUAACAGUUGCAUGGAUUCUAGAAUUAGUCAUAGUCAGCAAAACGGUAUCGGAAGAUUGAGCAGUAUUGGAAGCAGCAGUGAUCCUAUAUCACCCCAGGGCACUGUGGGAUCACCUUCGCCACCUCCUAUGCUGCCGCUUCCGCCACCGAUUUCUCAGCCUCAUCCGUCCUCUUAUGUCAAUGAAGAAGUCUUGUCAUCUGGCCUCACAGAGCACAACAAUAAUAAGAAUCUUGAAAGAGCAAUACAAAGAUCACCACAGAUUACUGCUGUCGAGAAUGUGAUAUUUAAAAAUGGACGUGCAGAAACAGAAUUGAUACCUGUUCAGCCUAGUGCAGAAGCUACCAACUGUGACCCAGCAUCACCGUUGCCGAUUAAGGCGCCUUACAUGAAUAUAGACAUCUGCAGCGAAACCAUCUGCAAUCGUUUCUCUCCGACACACAGUACUUCCGAAACGUAUCAAUUCAAGGAAGAAAGUAACCUAAGCGGAUCUCAACACGCAUACAUAAACGUAAGUCCCGGACAAGAUCACGUAGAGAAAAUCAUCAUCAAGGCGCGACCGUCUCCAUUACCCGUUUUACAACCGAAUGUCGAAGAAAUCUCCAAGCAUUGUUACUACAAUUUGGAGGCGAACGAGAGCCAAAAUUUGAAGAAAAGAUUCUCUGGUACCUCGAGCGAAAAAUCACCCUUAGCCCCUUCUACACCAACGAAAGGUCUGAUUAGGGAAAUGAAUUAUGCGAUCUUGGAUCUGAAUAAGAAAGAAGAUUUACCUGGUAUGUCCGAUAACAAUGUGAAUUCACCGCCAUCUCCUCCCGAAUCUCCAAACAAGCCGCAGAUAGGCUAUGUUACGAUAGACUUCGAAAAAACAGUUGCUCUAUCGCACCCCUCUAUCGUCAAUCCCAAUCACGAUAACGAAGGCUCGAGGAAGACCCGUCACAAUUCUACAAUAGAUGACCUGGUGACGACUACGUGUAAGCACAAUUCGUCAAUAAAGUUCUUAAUCAGCUGUAACAAAACGCUCCAAUACACAUCUAAGAUGUAAAUAAGCAUACAUUUUAUGGAUAAUAAUCAUUAAUUUUUUUAUAAAUAUGUAUUUUGUUAUAUAUUAUAUUUACAAUUUAUUAUAAAAAGUGAAAUUUAAACCAAAUAUAUUAUAUAUUUACAUAUUUAUGUUAAACCAAAAAUAUACAUAUAUAGGAAACAGAUAUAAUCGAAUCAAGUAUAAGUCUGUUUAUCAAUUGUAAAAUAUUUUUUGACACACACGCACACAUAGAAAUACAAUUACAAUCGCGUGUGUUAAAAGAUACGUAGAAAUAAUUGCAAAAAAAUAUAUUAGAUUUUUAUUUUUUUAAAUAAAUAAAUUGCAUUCCAAUUCUCUCUCUUCUCUCUCUCUCUCUCUCUCUCUCUCUCUCUUUUUCUCUUUCCUUUUUUCUCUUUCUCUCGCUAGAAAAAAUUUAGUUUGCGAGCCACUACUUCAAUAAUUCAAUCGUGUCGAUUGAAUUAAAUCAUAGAAAUAAUAAGUUUUAUCUUACGAAAAAACGAUUUUAUUAAAUGUAUGAGAUGUUAUUCGUAUCUAUUUCUUUUGAAAUAUAUUGCGUUAGAUUGCAUCUAUAUUGCAUAUGUCUCUCCUGCAAAAAAAUUUCUUUGAAUCGCAGCGACAAUAAAGAAUUGUUUGCCGUAAGAGCAACAAAAUCCUGAAAUAAGAAGGAAUAAUGUCAAAUUUCACAUAUAUAAUUAAUUUUAUGCAAAUAUAUAGAUUUGUGCCUGUUUUCUUUUUGUUAUUCUCUAUUUGUAUGGAAAAGAAUAACUAAUGAUAUAUAUAUUAUUUAUUGUGAUAUAUCUAUUCGGUUGCGCAUUUUUCCGUUUAUUGAUCGCCAUGCGUGCAAUCAUAGAUUAUUUCCUCUGGAAUUUAUUUAGUUUAUCUCAUCUUUUUACACAUGACAUUUAAAAUCAAUGUCUUCAAUACUUGUUUUCUUUAUUAUGACAAAGUGUCGAUAUAACGAUAUCGAAAAAGACAAUUUUUUAAAAAUAUUUAUUAAUAAUUCUCUUAAUAAUUGUAGAACAGAAUCAGUACAGGUUCGAACUCUUAGAUCAAAGACAAUGAUAUCACAUGUAAAAAUAAAAAUUUGAAAAAUACGAACUGUUUGAUAAUAUUAACGUAUUCACUGCCAUAUAUAAAUAUUUAACAAAUACUUAACUUUUGCAAUUUAUCGCUUAAAAAAUAGUUGAUUGACAUAAAAAACCAAUAUAUAUCAAAUAAUUAUAUAUGAUAAUAUUUACAAUGCGUAAUUUUAAAUAACUUGAUAACAUUAUUCUGAAUAUCUCAUUUAUUUUCUAUUGUAUUAAUAUCAUUUGUGUAUGUGUGUGUGUGUGUGUGUGUGUAUGAUUAAAAUUUUUCAAUACCACGAAUACUUUCAAAAAAUACGAACGAAUAUUUUUAAUUAAAUUAAUUAGUAAAAGACUGAAUUAAAUGAUAAAGGACAAGAUAAAUAAAUCCAGAAAAAGAAUACUUUAAAAACUAUGGAAAAAGUACAUUGAUAUACAAUUUUAGAUACUUUUUAAUGCAACAAAGAAUUUUUAGCAGUUUUAGGCAAUAAUAUGGAAUGAUUUGUUUUAUAAUUUUCAGCGAUAAAUCAAAUUAGUAAGUAGGACAUUUUUUGCAGGCUCUACAUAAAUUUAUAAAUCGAUUAAAAAUUGGUAGUGAAUAAGUUAAUAUGAGAUCUCUCUAGCUUUAAUGUUCAAUAAUUUUAUAUAAAAACUAAAUAAAUUGGCCUUCUAUAAAGAGAGACACUUUAAAAAUAUCAUUGAUAGAAAAUAAAAAAAAUUUCUGUUGGAUAUACAUGUAUAUUAAAAUAAUAUAUAUAUUAAAUAUAUUAUUACAUGAAAGUUUCCAUUUUCAGUAGAGAGCAAAAAGAAUUCAGGCUUAUAAAUCAGUUAUAAUAAAUGUCAAAAAUGGGCAAAAUGUUAAGAUUACAGAAUUUCAAAUUUGACAGAUAAUUUUCAUCAAUAUUUUUGUAAUUCCGAAAAUAUUGUGACGAUAACAUCUUCAUUAGGAGAUAUUUUCGGAUUCUAAUUAAUUUUUAGAAUAUACAAAUGAAAUAUUAAAAUAUUGCAUGAUAAGAUAUCUAUGUAAUGCUCAUCUUUAACAAAUAUUGUAGUAUAGUGUCGCCAAAAAAUUCUAUAUAAUAUAAUUUGUAUAAUAUAUGCGUGCACAUUGAAGAGAAAGUUAGAACAAUUAAUGUUAAUAUAAGAAACAUAUGAUAAGUAAUAAUGUGCAAUGUGCUUGGCAUAGAUAAGAUUUUUGUUCUCUAUGUAGAGUUUUACAAACACAAUACACACCUAAUACAAAGGCCUCAACUGUAAAAGAGAUAUUCUUUUUCUAAAUUAUUAAAUAUGCAUUAAUUCGUAUAUUUUAAUUUUUAUAAAUGUAUAUCGCAACAUUUCCAGCGUGGCCUAUAAUUUUAAAAUUAUCAUCAGUGCUCAAAUACAUUAAAAUAAUAGAGAAAGAUGUUUACGUUUACAUUUAAAAAAAUUACAAUUAUUUAUCCAAAGAUUCUAUCUUUAAGAAUGUAUGGUUUAAGAUGUCGUAGACACAAUAUAUAAGCUCUUUUAUUACACUAAUAUUCUUAGAACCAUAUUCGUGGAGCCAUACAUGAGUUUUGAUAAUCCAUAUGUUUCCUUGUGCCAGAUUAUUUUUAUGUAUUACAAUUGGUGAUGUAAUAAAAUUAAGGAUUUUUAAUUUAAGAAUUAAAAUUUAAGAAUUAUAAUUAAAAAACUGCUGUAAAUUGAAAGAAAGUGUUAUCGAAAAGAUAAACGUACGUGUCGAGCAUUUUUAUGGAUUGUUAUGUAGAUACAAUCCCGUUGUGGAUUGUUAUGUAAAUACACAAGUAGAAUGUGCCAAAAAAGCAUAAAUCUGUUUAUAAUGAUGUUUUAUAAAGUUUGAAGAUGUAAAAUAUAUAUUCAAACUUGUUUAUAUA